CACAUGUUCUGUAUAUGUAAAUUUAAUUCAGGAAAGGAAUUCAUAGUGCUAAGAAAUUGAUCUUUAAAAAACACAUAGAUUUCACAGGAAAAAAUGAAGACACGGUUUCGUUACAUUGGAGGAUUACUUAUUGCCUUUGGAUUUAUCAAUAUUUGUUCAGGAAUCUUUGCAUUUUUUCCAGUUUUUUCCUUUAAACCAUGGUUUACGGGCUGGAGUGUCAGAAUUUCCUGUCCUGUCUGGAAUGGAGCAUUGGCAGUGAUUGUGGGUGUACUAGUUCUGUUGUCAUAUGAAGAAUGGACUCGGAGAUCCCUGUGGGAAGCCAGCUACAUGUUUGCCAUACUCAGCACCGUAGCAGCCCCUGUUCAAUUCACUGUUGCAUUGGUGUCUAUUCUUAUUGGCCCAUACUGUUACUAUUCCUUUGCUGGGAUUGCUGGAACAAAUUAUGUUGCCUAUGCAGUUCGGUUUCCCUUUCCUUAUUCCACUUCCUCAACAGUGUGUCAAGAUCCACACCUUUAUGAGUGGUAUCACCUUGCUCUGCAAAUAGUGGACCUCAUUUCAAGUUUUGUUGUGUUUUGUACAUCACUGACCUUUGUGGUGAAAUUAACAGCACGACUGAACAGAGUAGGCCAUUUAAAUGUGCAGACGUGAAAGCUAAACAAGCAAGAGGUAUCUGCCUGUCAGUCUUUCAACCCAUCCCUUACAUUUCAUGGUUGUGAUAGUCUGUAUGACUUGCUUCACACGGAACAUACUAAGCAGUUAAAUAUGAACUGUAGAACUUUACAACACAUGACAAAUGACUGAUUAGUGCUGUUUACUGAUUGUAUCUAUGAUAAUUAACAUAACAA